AUGCACCUGAAAGAAAUGAUAUCAGGGUUAACUUUACCUCUGGUACCGGUGUUGAGCAGGCAUCGUAAAAAGCCCACAAUUACAGAAAUCAAAACAUUGACAGAAUUAAAUCAAAGAAUUUAUAAAGCAAAGUAAGUAAACUAUAUAUUGUAAUAUAUUUCUCGCCUGUUCGUAAGAUUUCUCCGGCAUACUUUUAGCAUCUUGAAUUCCACAUCAAGUUUCCCCAACCUUGCCGCCAUUUGUAAGACGCAUGCGUAGUAAGCUUCUAGACUCGUAUUAUGGCUUUAGACAAAAUUAGUAAAAUUAACGUGUUUUAUUAAUUAACAUACGAGCCACAAGAAAUAGGUAAUGCUCCAACAGAAUUUAAAUUUUAACCUGAGUGGAAAUCAUUGAAGACAAAGUGAAUGUGAAAGGCAUAGCUGCUGAUAAACCACAAAAAGCACACUACUGAUAAGACCUCUAAGAGUUCAGUUUUUACUUUCAAAACUGCAUUUAUUUUUUUCCUGCAACUUAUUGUAUAGACACAUCAGGAUACACUUAGAUUGGCACUUUCUUCUUACUUGUUUGUUAUGUACCAUUUUUGCUGAUUUAUUUUCAGAAGAAAAGCUGUUACCAUUGCAGCAUUGGAGAAGUGGCCUGGAAAUGAUCUUCCAGUCUUUAGGAGUGAUCCUGCUGCUACUCAAGAACUUGCAAAUUUGGUGUCUACAUUGGAAGAGACCUGCAGUUUUGAACCAGCAGGGUUUAACAAGGAGGGCAUCAAACAGCAUGUAUUAGAUGUUUUGAAUGAAAGAAGACGUAAAAUUCGCAAAGGACAUGACUACACACAGGUUUGUAGCUCCAUCUUCAUGAACUCAGUAAUAAGGAAUAAACUAGAAUAGAGCCAUGCAACAUUUCAGUUUGUUGGAUUUCUAUUGGAAAUAUAAGCAGUGUCUUGUAAAACAAUAAUACAGUUGUUUAAGAUGGUAUUUAUGUGUUUCUUUACAGCCAGACAAACGUACCCUAAAAAAACUUAAAGUGAGUGGCAGUUCAUCUGAAGCUGACAGUGACCUUGCAGUUCAUGGUGAUGAUGGAGGUGACACAGACAUACUAAGUUCUUCAAAUAACAGUACUUGUGAUUCUCUCUCUGAAACUGAAGAGGGUAUGUACCAUCUGUACACUGAAUAUCUAAUAUUUAUAAGGCUAAGCUCAAAUUUGAUUAAUUUCAAUCAAAAAGAGUUUGAAGGGACCGGUGAUAAUCCAUGUUUCAUUACUUUCAGAUUUGUCACUGCAAGGUGCCAAGGUGAUCAUCACAGUUGUGUUCUCUGCAAUCAGAUAUAGUGAUGUAGCAAAGCAACAGUUGGUUUCUGCUGCAAAGAAAUUCAGACCCUCCUGCAAAUUUGCUUCCAAAGACAGCAUGGCAAUGGUACUGGCCAAGACCUUUCUGAAGGAGAACUUUGUUAAGGUAGACAGUGCAAACCUUCAAGAUAUCGACAGAGACAAUGUUCAAAAGCUCAAGGUUUACUGA